CGACGUUUAUUCUCGCCUGCAAAUGGUGGCAUUGGUUGGCAUUGCCUCGUCAAACCAAGUACUUUUUUUACUCAUUAACAAUUUAUCCUCUCCCCAAACAAAUCAAAACACUUUAAAAAAUCCACCCCCAGAUCUUCCAUGAAUAAUCGAUAACAACCGGCAAUAUUUUAGCCACUGAAUCGUGAGAGAAGGUGAGAUGAAACUCCUUAAAAAAUAUUUGCCGGGGGAUAAGGUAUUCGCCAAAGUUCGAGGUUACCCGCCUUGGCCAGCAAGAGUCGAGGGUGUGACAGACCCCAACACAAAAAAUGCCAAAUACAAAGUGUUUUUUUAUGGGACUGGCGAAACAGCUGUGUGCAAGGUUGAAGAGUUGUUUCUUUACGAAGAAAAUAAGGAGAAGUAUGGUAAACACCUCAAGAGGAAGAUAUUUCACGAGGGACUUCAACAGUUGGAACGAGAGCUCAAUAACGAACAGGGAAAGCCAGAGACAGUGACUCCAAAGAAAGAAGCUGUUGUUGAGACAUCUGAGAAGGAGACCAGACCGACGCCAGAGGUACCACCGAGCGCUGGACUCGACAGUGAUCUGGAAACAGGGCCACUGGUCAUUGACGAGGGUGACAAGAAGAAGCAGCUCAAAAGGAAAUCAUUAGCUACACCUAUCAAUUCGCAAGAUUCCCCCGAGCCCAAGAAGAAACGAGGUCGUGCCAAGGGUUGGUACACAGCGGACAACACGCCAAAACCGGAGACAAACGACUCCCUGAUCGAGGACUCCAGUAAAGAAGUAGUAAGUCGCAGUGGUCGAAAAAUCAAGCCCAAGCGUUUCGCGGACUUCUCCUCCUCCGACGAAUUCGACAUGGAGAACUUCGCUCGAGGCCGAGGCCGAAGCAAAGUCGACGACUCCCUAGAGGCGCCCCCCAUCCCCUCGAUCCCCAAAAAACGUGUCAGCCUGGACAGCGACAAGAAAGAGGACAAGAAAGCCUCCCCCAAAGAAGAGAACCCCAGUGAACAAAAGUCCAAGCUCAAAUGGCUGAGAAUGGAGAAUCAACUCCUUCAACUGGACGCCCAGAUAAAAUCCAACCUGGGGCUGGACCGAGCGAACACUGACGAAUGCCUCGAGGCUAUGGAGGAGAUGCUGGGGCUCUCAAUCGAGCCCCUGAUGCUCAAGAAACAUCCCCACGUAGUCGAAACAGUCAAGAGAUUACGAAGAUACAUUGGAAACGUCGCAGAGUGGAAAUUCACAGAAGACCAAGUGCUCUCUUUCAAACAAAAAUCAGAAGUCAUCAGACAAAAGGCCGAGCACAUUUACAACAAGUUCAAGGCCCUCUUCGUAGUCCCAGAUGCCCAGUCCUUCUGGCAGGCAUUCUCAGAUCAAGUUGAGGAGUUCAAAACAGCCACUAAAGACAUGAAAGAGGAGAAAGUCUUCGCUCUAAUGGUAGAUCCCACACUUACAGAAUCACAAGAGCAACAAAGUCAUCCAUCCAAUGAUAAAAUCACUGACGCAAUGAUGGAUGUUGACAAGGAUACGUCAACAACAACGUACACAAUGCCCAAGUAACAUUUAUCAUUGACUCCAUGUCCCUCAUAUUCAGAUCAUUCAUCUUUUGAUAAUAAAAGACGUCGCACUAAUAAAUUCACAGACAAUCGAAUUCAUGAGUGAAUUUUUGUUUUUAGUGAUUUGAUUAUCCAAUGAUUCACGGUAUUAUUGUGAUUGUUAUUGGUGGGGAGGAUGUAUGUCAGGUAGAGAAUUUGGGGGAUGUAAUUUUAGGUGAUUAAGGGACGCAGGAGAGGAGUAGGGAGAGCAGAGUGGAAUCGAUAAUGGUAUUAUUGUUUUUGAUUUUAUCGAGAUACUUGUGUUGAUUAUCUUUGCGAAACUCAAUGUUUUAUUUUCGAGUUUAACUUCGAACUUUUAGGUUUUUUUCUUGUGUUAUUUUCUAUUAUAGGGGUUUAAAUUUGCCCCUUUUUUGGAUUUAUUGCGAAAAUUAUAGAAUUGUUUGGGGAAUAGUCGAGACUGGUUUUCAUUAUACUUCUUUCUUUUAAUAUGGUAAUUAUUAUUAUUUGAAAUUUAUUGAUAAAAUAUCUCGUGGGGACAUAUGACGAUUUGCCGUUGUGAACCGCGAGGGGAAUUUGAUUUGGCAAAGAAGGAUAAUGAUUUCAGUUUAACGAGGAAGUUAUCAGAAAAGGACAAUGAUUUCAAUUUAGCAAUGAAAGUUUUAGUUUAACGAGGAAAUUACGGUAAUUGAAUCGUCGUGCGCGAUUGUCGUAAUAUUCUUGCAUUUUUAAAACUACAAAAGAAAAUUUCAGAAGUCAAAUAUGAAUGUUGGAUGACGUUGGCACAAAUUGUGAAAUGGUGUAGUCAAACGUAACAAAACCUGAAAAAUAUUUAAAAAAAUUAAAAAAAUAACCAAAAUCACAAAUUGCAUUAUGUUUCUCGUAAUCAAAAUUUAAGAAAUUUUAAUAUAACUUUUUUAAAUUUAUUUGGAAAACUAAAGGAUUAUUUGGGGAACAGUCGAGACUGGUUUUCAUUAUAUUUCUUCCUUUUAAUGUCGUAAUUAUUAUUAGUUGAAAUUCAUUGAUGAAAUAACUCGUGAUGACAUACGAUGAUUUGUCAUUGUGAGCUGCGAGGAGAAUUUGAUUUAGAAAAAAAGGAUAAUGAUUUCAGUUUUUGAAAAUUUCAGUUUAAGGCCCGGGUGGAUUAUUUUUCGGAGACUCCAGGGCUAUGUAAAAGUGAAUAGCAAUUGGAGAUCAUUUCAGAUUAUCACAAUAAAAAACACGAUCAAGAUCACGUUCAAAAGAUAAUCCACACGGGUCUUAACGAUGAAAUUACGGUAAUUGAAUCAUCGUGAUUGCCUUAAUAUUCUUGCAUUUUUUAAGCUACAAAACAACAUUUCAGAAGUCAAAUGUGAAUGUUGAAUGUCGUUGGCAUAUAUUGUGAAUGAUUUUGUAGUUAAAUGUAGCAAAAUGUGAGGAAUAUGGGGAAUACCUCGAGAUCAUUGAAAAAAAAAAAAUUGCAUUCAUUACAUUUCUGGUCAUUGAAAUUUAAGCAAUUUUAAUAUGACUAGUUGGUUUUAUUCGGAAAGCUGCAGGAUUAUAGGACAGUCGGGACUGAUUUUCAUUAUACUUCUUUCUUUUAAUGUGGUAAUUAUUAUUAUUUAAAAUUUAUUGAUGAAAUAACUCGGGCGACACGAUAAUUCGUCAUUGUGAACCACGAGGGAAAUUUGAUUUGGAAAGAAGGACAAUGAUUCCAGUUUUAGAAAAUUUCAGUUCGAGGAAAUUACGAUAAUUGACUCAUCGUGAGAUUGCCUUAAUAUUCUUGUAUUUUUAGAACUACAAAACAAAAUUUCGGAAGGCAAAUGUGGAUAGUUGGAUGACGUCAGAACCCAUUGUGAAAUGAUUGAAUUUUGUAGUCAAACGUACAGAACGUGAGGAAUACGAGGAAUUUCGAGAGAUCAUUGAAGAAAUGAUAAAAAAUAAAUUGCAUUAUAUUUUUGGUAAUCGAAAUUUACGAAAUUUCAAUCUGUAAUCUUUAAUUGAUAGAACCUUUGAGAAAAAGCAUUCUUUUAGUUUGAACUUCACAAUGUAAGAAUUAUAGUUUAAGGAUCAUUCAUAAUAAAUAGGCUGUGGAGUUUA